AUGGAGAGAGAAGCCAAAGACUACAGUCGAUAUACAGCUCUACCUCACCUCUCGGCAACUCACAACAAUAAUAACAGUGGCUUACAGCUCGGUCCAAUAGCUGAAUCUGCACAAUUAAGUGCAGUGUAUAGCAUGAGAACCACCGACCCCAUGUACUCAGCAACACAAGGAGUACAAGAACAUGUGCGGCAAGUGCCAAUGGAUUCCAUCACUCCUACAUUACAAGUUGUGCAUGAACAAUCUGAAGAUUCUACCAAUCAAGAAGCAAUUGGACAAUCUGAGGAACCAGGCCCUUCCGCGCCAAAAGAAAAAGAGGCCCUACUCAAAUGCAAAGUGUGCACGGAAGGAAGGACCAGUUGGGUAACUUCCUUGGCACAUUGGGAAGGAAAUGGGACCUUUUGUCCUCUUAAUGUAUUUGAUUGGAGGAAACUAGAUACAAAAAAUGAUAUUUGGAAAUAUGUCAAGGAAAAAUAUGACAUUCCUGAAGAGGCGAAGAAAUGGGUUUUUGAUUCAAUUUGUACUGCUUGGAGAAAGUAUAAAAGUCAGUUGAAGCGAAAGCACUUUGAAGCAUAUGAGAAUGACGAGCUUCGAAUGGAGAAUAGGCCGCUAGAUGUUCCAGCGUCUCACUUUAAAGCUCUUCCUGAAUAUUGGAACUCCGAUCCCGCCAAGAAAAUGUCCGAAACCAAUAUCGAGAAUCGAAAAAAGUUGAAGCAUCUACACACGGCUGACAAAACACCUUUUGCUCUAAUCAUCGAGGAAAAAAAUAAGGAAAUGGCUGAUACUUCGGAUACUCUAUUAAGUAAGGACAUCUUUGUGGCUACUAGAAAAAGAAAACCUAGUCGAGUAUACAAAGGCUCUUAUGAGAAUACAAUUAGUAAAAUUGCUGAAAUGGAGAGAAUACAAUCAACUCAAGAAAGUGGAGAUGUCAGUGAUUCAGUUGACACGUUUGCAUUAGUCUUGGGACCUAAGCACCCAGGUCGGGUAAGAUUGUAUGGACGAGGAGUUAACAAGACUAUCUUAAAAAAAAAAAAGGAGAUUUUGGAUCCUCUGUAAAUACUACUGAUGAGAGAAUGCAACAAAAAAUGGAGGAAAUGGAAGAGAGGAUGCAACAAAAAUUGCUGGAAAAGCUCAAUGCACAAAAGGAAGCUAUGGAACAAGAUAUUACGAUGAACGUCGUUACACGACUUCAACGUCUAAACCCCGAUUUAAGACUUGAUCCUGACAUGCUAAUAUUUAGUGCUCGUGCACCUAGAGAAGCUUCUUCUGCACAACAAGCUGCUAUUCAACCAAUCAAUUGUCCAUCCGCUGGCAGUAACAAUCAAGGUUAGUCCGUACCAAAUGUUACACGUCUUCUCUUUCCUCUUCUUCUCUUUUUUUAUGUUGCUUCUCUACCACUGUACGCUCUCUCGCUCUCUCUCUUUCUGGCAAUGUUUUACUGGUUUUAAAGGAUAUUUAUGGUGGAGAAAGAGGGGUUGUUUGUGAAGUCAUUUUAAGGAAGUUUUGGCCGCGUUUUGGAGUUGUUUCGUGGUUGAUUGGAGAUGGGGUUCACGCUGGUUUUCAACUGGAUUUUCGGCUGGGUUUUGCCGAAUUUUUCAGUGGAGUAGAUGAAGAAAAUGGAAGACGGAGACAAUGAUGAAGAUCUAGACCUUACUUAAAGAGAAUUUUGAAUUGUUGAUUGUUGUAGAUGCAUGUGGCGGUUUCUAGGAAUGUUUGUUAUCAAAACUUUUUAAAACUUUUAACUCUUGAAAUAUCAAAUGUAUGUACUUGGUAACAUUUCAUCACUAUCUAUAGAUUUAUUAUUAGCUUGUUGGACAA